AUGGUCGACUGCGAAACCCAUCAGGGUUCCACAAUUUGUGACUAUUACGAUGCCCUCGAUCGGCGAUCGUUCAACGGACUACUUUUGCGAUGUCUGUCACAUGAAGAAGCUCAGCAAGCCUUGCAAGAAGUACAUGCUUUACUAAUUAGGGGCAUAGUAAUAGUUGUUUGCUGGGUUGGUUUUGCUCUCUACCUUCUCACGGUGGGAUGGAAACAAGAGAGGUCAACUGGAGUGGAAGCCAAAAGACGGGGCCGAGAAUCUGUGAUCGAUCCGAAGAACCACUCCCAGAUACGAUUCUACUCCCCCUUCGUACUACCAUGA